CGUAUUUGAAUAUGUAUAACUAUUAUAACUAUUUAAGAUUUUCCUUGUCACUGGAUAGUUGAGCAAAAAAAUUGUUUCGUUUUGCAAAGGAAGUGAUACCUAAAAACAGUAAAUGCUACCUUUAUGCUGCAGCCACCGAAAAAAAAAAAAAAUUGCAGCAGCAAGUUGGAUCACUUUUGUGGGGCGCGGUUUUGUGUUGCGUACUUUAGGUGUGGCCUCACAACUUUCCCUAAAGGCUGAAGAAGACAGGUCUAAAGCCACACGGUGUGGAAAGACACUAGGUCGGGAUCGCCAUGGAUUUCGAUCUGUCAGCAGCCGUAAAUGAGGGAGAAGCGGUGAAGAAGGAGGAUGCCCAGAAGGAUGAGUUUAGCUUCCCCUGGAGCAAGGAUAAGAGCAAGGAUAAGGAUAAGAGCAAGGAUAAGGAUAAGAGCAAGGAUAAGAGUGACAGCAAGCACAAGUCGGGUGACAAAGACAAGGACAAGUCUCACACUAAAGACAAGUCCACGGACGAACAUGGCCACGAAAAGAAGAAAAAGAAGAAAAACAAAUCGGAGAGGAAAGAAGGAGAACAUGGAAGCUCUUCCUCUUCGUCCUCAUCUUCAUCCUCCAGCAGCGAUGAGGACUGAUGCUUUGUGGCAGAACCGGCCUACCUGUUUGUCAUGAUGAAAAGAUGUCUGUGGAAUCUCUCUUUUUCUUUCCUUUUUUUUUUCUUGGUGUUCGUCCCCUGCUGUCAAAGAAACAUGCUGGACCUUUGUGAACACAUCCU